AUGACGUUUUCCAUGAGAGAUUUAGAUCAGGCUCUCCAAGGAUGUGGCCAGAAAUCGGGGAUUGAAAUAUGGCGCAUCGAGAGCUUCAAACCUGUAGCUGUUCCAAAAGAGUCUCAUGGUAAAUUUUUCACCGGGGAUUCCUAUAUAGUCUUAAAGACCACAUCGUCAAGAAACGGUUCCCUGCAUCACGAUAUUCACUACUGGCUCGGUAAAGAUUCAAGUCAGGAUGAAGCUGGUGCUGUAGCGGUUAUGACAGUUGAGUUAGAUUCAGCGUUAGGUGGGCGUGCUGUUCAGUACCGGGAAGUGCAGGGUCACGAGACCGAGAAGUUCCUUUCCUACUUCAAACCUUGCAUAAUUCCUCAAGAAGGUGGAGUUGCUUCCGGUUUCAACCAUGUAAAGCCUGAGGAGCAUCAGACGCGUCUCUAUGUCUGCAAAGGCAAACAUGUCGUCCGUGUUAAAGAGGUUCCAUUUGCUCGUUCGACUCUCAACCAUGAAGAUGUUUUCAUUCUUGAUACAGAGUCGAAAAUCUUUCAGUUCAGUGGUUCCAACUCGAGUAUUCAAGAAAGAGCAAAAGCUCUUGAGGUUGUUCAGUACAUUAAAGACACUUACCAUGAUGGAAAGUGCGAUAUCGCAGCUGUUGAGGAUGGGAGGAUGAUGGCUGAUGCUGAAGCUGGAGAGUUUUGGGGUUUGUUUGGUGGGUUUGCUCCGCUUCCUAAGAAACCAGCAUUCAAAAACGAUGACACUAGCGCUGAAUCUGAUGGGAUCAAACUCUUCAGUGCUGAGAAGGGGAAGACGGAACCCGUAGAGUUUGAGACUUUGGAGAAAGAGCUUCUGGACACUAACAAAUGUUACAUCCUCGAUUGCGGCCUCGAAUUGUUCGUUUGGAAGGGAAGAAGUACUUCAAUCGACCAAAGAAAGAGCGCAAGUGAAGCUGCAGAGGAGUUUUUCCGUUCGUCUGAUCGUCCAAAAUCAAAUCUGGUCAGUUUGAUGGAAGGGUUUGAAACAGUGAUGUUCCGAUCUAAGUUUGACUCAUGGCCGGCUACAAGUACAGUAGCUGAGCCCCAGCAAGGCAGAGGCAAAGUUGCAGCUCUUUUGCAACGGCAAGGAGUUAACGUUCAAGGCCUCGUUAAGACUUCUGCUGCUUCCAAAGACGAGCCUAAGCCAUACAUUGAUGGCACAGGAAAUCUCCAGGUCUGGCGACUCAAUGGCGAGGAAAAGAUCCUUCUCGAAGCAGCUGAUCAAUCGAAGUUUUACAGCGGAGAUUGUUAUAUAUUCCAGUACUCAUAUCCCGGAGAAGACAGAGAGGAACAUCUAGUGGGUACUUGGUUAGGAAAGGAAAGCGUCGAGGAAGACCGAGAAUCUGCUAUUUCCAUGGCAAGCAAGAUGGUUGAAUCCAUGAAGUUUAUGCCUGCUCAGGCUCGAAUUUACGAGGGAAAAGAACCGAUUCAGUUUUUCGUGAUCAUGCAAAGCUUCAUCACCUUUAAGGGUGGUCGAAGUGAUGCUUUCAAAAAGUACAUAGCAGAGAACGAAGUCCCUGAUACUACUUACGAUGCAGAAGGUGUUGCGCUGUUUCGGGUUCAAGGUUCUGGACCCGAGAACAUGCAAGCCAUACAGAUAGACGCGGUUUCCACAGGGUUAAAUUCUUCACACUGUUAUAUAUUGCAUGGUGGUUCUACUGUUUUCACUUGGUGUGGCAAUCUAACUUCCUCGGAUGAUCAAGCACUUAUGGAGAGAAUGCUGGAUCUGAUUAAGCCAAAUGAACACACCAGGGCACACAAGGAAGGUUCAGAGACUGACCAGUUUUGGGAAUUAUUAGGAGGAAAAUUAGAAUAUCCGAGCCAAAAGAUCAAAAAGGAUGGAGAGAGUGAUCCUCAUCUCUUCUCUUGCACAUUCUCAAACGAAAAUCUGAAGGCUACAGAGAUCUUUAACUUCGUUCAAGAUGAUUUGAUGACGGAAGAUAUCUUCAUUCUUGAUUGUCACACUGAGAUCUUUGUCUGGGUGGGGCAACAAGUCGACCCCAAGAAGAAACCUCAAGUUUUAGCCAUUGGAGAGAAAUUCCUUAAACAAGAUUUCCUACUAGAGAAUCUAGCAAGCGAAACACCGAUAUACAUUGUAACGGAAGGAAACGAACCUCCAUUUUUCACUCGGUUCUUCACCUGGGACUCUUCUAAAUCUGCAAUGCAUGGAAACUCUUAUCAGAGAAAGCUUGCACUCCUAACAAACAAAGGAAAGCCGCUUCUAGACAAACCUAAAAGGAGAGUACCAGUGUACAGCAGCCGGUCCAGCGUUCCAGACAAGUCGCAGCCGCGGUCAAGAAGUAUGACCUUUAGUCCAGACAGAGCCCGUGUGAGAGGACGGUCUCCAGCUUUCAACGCACUCGCUGCAAACUUUGAGAACAUAAACACAAGAAACCAAUCAACUCCACCACCUAUGGUUAGCCCAUUGGUCAGGAAGCUUUACCCGAAAUCUCUUGCACCAGACCUCACAAAGCUCGCCCCCAAAUCCGCAGCUAUUGCUGCCCGCACAGCGCUUUUCGAGCAAUCUCGGCCUACUCCUCAAGAAACACCAACUAGCCCCGGUUCAUCUGAAGCUACAAACGAAGCGGAGGCAUCAAAGCCGACGACAGAGGAAGAAUCAAUGAGCAGCAUUCAUGAAGAUUCAAAAGAAGAAGAUGGAGAAGAAGACAGCAACCUCCCUACUUUCCCAUACGAACGCCUCAAGAUCGACGCAGAGGAUCCUCCUUCAGAUAUCGACCUCACUAAAAGAGAGGCAUACAUGACUUCAGCAGAUUUCAAGGAGAAAUUUGAAAUGACAAAGAUUUCUGCACUAUCAUCCAUGGCGACGGAGCGUCCUCCUUUUGAGCUCGCCAAAGGCCUCAAUGGCCUCGACAAAAUCGUCCUCCGCGAGUCUCGCAGCCGCUCCGCCGAGGUAUACUUGUAUGGUGCUCAUGUCACUUCUUGGAAGAAUGAGAACGGAGAGGAGUUACUUUACCUCAGUAGCAAGGCUAUAUUCAAGCCUCCAAAACCAAUCCGGGGAGGGAUUCCACUAUGCUUUCCACAAUUCAGUAACCUUGGUGCACUAGAAUCACAUGGAUUCGCUAGAAACAGGUUCUGGGAAGUCGAUGCUAGCCCACCUCCUUUGCCAACGAAUUCUGCUUCAAAUGCUUUCGUUGACCUGAUCCUAAGGCCAACUGAAGACGAUCUAAAGACAUGGCCUUACAAUUUUGAGUACCGGCUGAGGGUAGCCUUGGGAUCUGAAGGAGAAUUGACACUGACUUCUCGCAUCAGGAACACCAACUCUGAUGGGAAGCCGUUUACAUUCACUUUUGCUUAUCACACCUAUUUCUCUGUCUCGGACAUCAGUGAAGUAAGGGUUGAAGGAUUGGAAACGCUGGAUUAUCUAGACAACUUAAAGAACAGAGAACGUUUUACGGAACAAGGCGAUGCUAUAACUUUUGAAUCCGAAAUUGACAAGAUUUACCUAAGCACUCCUACGAAGAUCGCUAUUCUGGACCACGAGAAGAAGAGGACAUUCGUUGUUCGCAAGGACGGUCUUGCUGAUGCAGUGGUGUGGAAUCCUUGGGAUAAGAAAUCGAAGACGAUCUCCGACUUGGGAGAUGAGGACUAUAAGCAUAUGCUCUGUGUUGAAGCUGCGGCUGUGGAAAGACCGAUCACGUUGAAACCCGGUGAAGAGUGGAAAGGAAGACUCGAACUCUCUGCGGUUCCUUCUAGUUACUCCAGUGGACAGCUUGACCCCAGGAGAGUCCUCGAGUGA